CAGGUAAUAAUAUAAGCAGCCUGCUACCUGGUGUCUUUAGUGGAAUGUUGGAGAGCCUAUCCCUCGAUUUUAACCACCUGACUGCUUUGCCCGAAGAUCUCUUUGCAGAUUGUCCCCACUUGGACACUUUAGGCCUCUAUGAUAAUAAACUGAGAGAAUUGCCUUCAGGUCUAUUCAGAAAUAAUCCGAAGCUCUUUCACUUGAAUUUGGGCCAUAAUUUCUUUAGCGAGCUGCCGUCGGGUCUUAUCACAUACAGUCCUCUUAUUCGUUGGUUUUCCCUUUACCGCGCCAAGAAUUUACGCCUGAAUCACCAGUUGUGUGAAUUAGUAACCCCAAGGAAUUUCAUGACAGCUUACUACGACUUCACUGCAAGCAUAGAGGUCAAGAACUACAUAAAAGAAAACCUACCUGAAUCCUUCUGUCACAGUAGCUGUGAAAACAUACCAAAGAAUGAGCGUAGGUGCCAGAGUGGCUGCAUCGGGACUGUCUAUAAUUAUACUUGUGUUGAUGCUGACACCACUUCUCAAAAUGCUAACAAAAAUGUCGCACAGCAGCAAAAAAGUCCAGUACCUACACCAGAGGUGAAGAAGGCCAAUCCGCUCUUCACGGAUCAUGAGGGCAAAAUAGUUUGUUUCUACCUCCCAGCCGUCAAGCCUGGCUACUCAAGACAGCUGGUGGGGAUUGGACAACAUGGCUCGGUGGAUGUUUCGAAGGAAUUCAAAAAUUCUCUAGUGGGUGACCGUAACUAUGUGUUCGUCAAACCAGGCUAUGAUAGCUAUGGCUUCCAAUAUGUUCGUGACAGCGAUGGACGUAGGUCACCUGUCGGUGCCGAGUUCUCAUUGGCCUGGUGGAGAGUGGAUGCUGAAGUAGCCGCUGAAGUUCAGAGUGAGGGUGAGAAUUUCUUUGGUUCCGACAUCGUUGUCGACGGCGAGGCGGAACCACAGCCGUCUUCUCCUGCUGUGAUGCGGCUCAAGGUGGCCGAUGACUCGUCAGAGUCGAAAGAUGAGGAGUCGUCACCUGAGAUAAAUUCUGAGUCUGGAGCUAGUGAUGGCAGCGACGUAGUGUCUUCAGCUGCGGAGGAAGAAAUGGAAGACAAGAUUGCGGAAGGACUCCACGCAGGAUGCAGAGGUGGAAAGGUUCAAUCCAGCUUUCAUUGA